UGUCCAAUUCCCCUCCCCCCAUUCAGUGAAUUCCACAGGACAGACCAGCAGCUCAGCGCAUUUUCGAUCUUUGCUCCAGCAGCGCGGUCUCUGAUGCCAUCCACUGCAGGGGCAGGGGGGGGUUCCCACACACAGCGAGACUCCAGGUCCUUCCUGAAUCAUUGCUGCAGCACGCUCAAUCGCUCCGGUUUCCUGGUGGCAGAAGAGGGGAGGUUUCGUUGCUGCUGCACUUGCUGGCUGAGAGCUCUCUUCUCUCUCCAUCUGUGUGUGCCUCUCCCCAUGACUCUGACAGCAUCGCGUGCUCUCACUCUCAGUCCUUCUUCCCACAAUUCACACACAGUCUCCUCAGAACAGGGAUGAUGUCACUUCCUUCUGGAGUGUUUCGGGGGUGUGGAAGGGGGGAAGUCACGACCCCCGGCUCAUUCGCUCUGAGCAGCCCCAGUUGAAUAAAUGAGGUUGCUAUCUUGGAGGGAGGGAAUUUUUCUGAAGAUGAUGCCUUGCUUUUUCGGCAACCAGUCCCUGAGCCAUCCUUCUCUCUUCUGACUGGGAUUUUCAAUGGCUGCAUUAGAGUUUGCUGUUUCUUCCUUCACUUGUGAUUUCUGUCUCCCUGGACACGCACUUUCCCUGAAACACCCUGACGGAAGAGAAGAAUGAGCUGCUGCUGGACCACCUGCCAUGAGGUGAGUGUCGUGUCUGCUGAGCCUCUUCAGACCUGCUAGCCAUGCCAGGGAUUGUGGUGUUCCGCCGUCGCUGGUCUGUAGGCAGCGAUGACCUCGUUUUGCCAGCCAUCUUCCUUUUCCUCCUUCAUACUACCUGGUUUGUGAUCCUUUCUGUGGUGCUUUUUGGGCUGGUGUACAAUCCCAACGAGACCUGUUCCCUUAACCUGGUGGACCACGGCAGAGGCUACCUGGGCAUCCUUCUCAGCUGCAUGAUAGCAGAAGUGGCAAUCAUCUGGCUCAGCAUGAGAGGCAGCAUCCUGUACACAGAGCCCCGGGAUUCGAUGCAGUAUGUGCUCUAUGUCAGACUGGCCAUCCUGGUGAUUGAGUUUGUGUACGCUAUAGUGGGCAUUGUUUGGCUAACCCAGUACUACACCUCGUGCAAUGACCUCACUGCCAAGAGUGUCACCUUGGGAAUGGUAGUGUGCAACUGGGUCGUCAUUCUGAGUGUCUGCAUCACUGUCCUGUGCGUCUUUGACCCGACAGGGCGAACCUUCGUCAAGCUUCGGGCCACAAAGAGAAGGCAGCGCAACCUGAGGACAUACAACCUGCGGCACCGCCUGGAGGAGGGACAGGCCAGCAGCUGGACACGCCGCCUCAAAGUUUUUCUAUGCUGCACAAGAACAAAGGAUUCCCAGUCAGAUGCCUACUCUGAAAUUGCCUACCUAUUUGCUGAGUUUUUCCGAGACCUUGACAUAGUCCCAUCUGACAUCAUUGCAGGCCUGGUCCUCCUGCGGCAGCGACAGAGAGCAAAACGCAGUGCAGUGCUGGAUGAGGCGAACAAUGACAUUCUGGCCUUUCUGUCUGGGAUGCCAGUGACAAGGAACACCAAGUACCUGGAUCUGAAAAAUGCACAAGAGAUGCAGCGGUACAAAGAGGUGUGUUACUACAUGCUCUUUGCCCUGGCUGCCUAUGGCUGGCCCAUGUACCUGAUGAGGAAACCCACCUGUGGACUUUGUCGCCUGGCUAGAUCCUGCUCAUGUUGCUGUCUCUGUCCCUCACGGCCUCGCUAUGCACCUGGUGUCACCAUUGAGGAGGAUAACUGCUGUGGGUGCAAUGCUAUUGCCAUCCGUCGCCAUUUUCUGGAUGAAAACAUGACCUCUGUGGAUAUUGUCUACACCUCUUGUCAUGACGCUGUUUAUGAAACUCCCUUCUAUGUGGCUGUGGACCAUGAUAAGAAGAAAGUGGUCAUCAGUAUCCGAGGAACUCUCUCUCCAAAGGAUGCCCUGACUGACUUAACUGGGGAUGCAGAACGCCUUCCAGUUGAGGGUCAUCAUGGAACCUGGCUGGGACACAAGGGAAUGGUGUUGUCUGCUGAAUACAUCAAGAAGAAACUGGAGCAGGAGAUGGUUCUUUCUCAAGCCUUUGGGCGUGAUUUAGGCAGAGGAACAAAGCACUACGGCCUGAUUGUGGUGGGACAUUCCCUAGGGGCUGGCACAGCUGCCAUUCUGUCCUUCCUUCUGCGUCCCCAGUACCCAUCACUGAAGUGCUUUGCAUAUUCUCCCCCAGGUGGGCUGCUGAGUGAGGAUGCCAUGGAGUACUCGAAAGAGUUUGUGACUGCAGUGGUGCUUGGCAAAGAUCUAGUCCCCAGGAUUGGUCUCUCUCAGCUGGAAGGAUUUCGCCGGCAGCUUCUUGAUGUUCUCCAGAGAAGUACCAAGCCUAAGUGGCGAAUAAUUGUGGGUGCCACAAAGUGUAUACCUAAGUCAGAGCUCCCUGAAGAGAUGGAAGGGAAUUCAGUGACCAGUAACCGUCUCUGGACCCACCCCAGUGACCUAACCAUUGCCCUGUCUGCCAGUACACCACUCUACCCACCCGGCCGCAUCAUCCAUGUGGUGCACAAUCAUCCUGUUGAGCAGUGCUGUUGCUGUGACCAGGAGGAUCCCACAUAUUUUGCCAUUUGGGGUGACAAUAAAGCAUUUAAUGAAGUGAUCAUCUCUCCAGCAAUGCUGCAUGAGCACCUUCCCUAUGUGGUCAUGGAGGGACUCAACAAGGUCCUGGAGAAUUACAACAAGGGCAAGACUGCCUUACUUUCCGCAGCCAAAGUAAUGGUGAGUCCCACAGAAGUGGAUCUCAACCCGGAGUUGAUCUUCCAGAAUCAGCCCUUGCCCAGUGGGCCUGCAGUACAGGUUGGAACUGGAGCCAUAUUAGCAGACAGAAGGAACAGCAGCAUCAAGAGCAAGUCACAAUCUGAAAUCAGCUUGGAGGGGUUUUAUGAGACCAAGCCCCUUUCUUCUGUGCAGAAGGACCCUGUAGAGCUUCUGCUCCUAGAUACCAAGGAGCGCCUGUCUGUGGAGCUGCAGGAUCGCCGUGCUCCUCUGGCCACCAUGGAGAGUCUGUCUGAUAAUGAGUCCAUCUACAGCUUUGAUUCACGGCGCUCCUCAGGCUUCCGGAGCAUCCGUGGCUCCCCCAGUCUCCAUGCUGUCAUGGAGAAGGAUGAGACGCACUGUUUUUAUAUAGACCCCGUUAUCCCUGAGGAGAACCCCUCCCUCAGCUCGAGGACAGAGCUGCUUGCUGCUGACAGCCUCUCCAAACAUUCGCAGGAGACGCAGCCCCCUGAGACCUUGCAUAACAGUGGUGGCACUACCCCCCAGCGACGCUGCAGUGAGGAAGGGGCUGGCAGCGAAGGGGACAGAAUUUCCUUUACAGGCCAAGAGGAACUGUCCCUCCAAAAUGGACGGCUUCCUGAUGUGCCCAGUCCACAAGUGCUGGAGUUUGCUGAGUUUAUAGACAGCCUCUUCAAUCUGGACAGCAAAAGCAGCUCCUUCCAGGACAUCUAUUGCAUGAUGGUAUCGGACAGCUCCAAUGACUUUGCAGAGAUGCCUAAGUCUGUCAGUGAUCAGGAGAUCCUGCUGAGAGCACAGUAUGAGCCCAACCUGGUCCCCAAGCCCCCUAGGUUGUUCGCAGGCUCAACUGAUCCCUCUUCAGGCAUCUCAGUCUCACCCUCCUUCCCUCUGAGUUCAUCUGGAGAACUUAUGGACAUUACUCCCACAGGCAUGAGCAGCCAGGAAUGCCUGGCCACUGACAAAAUCCGGACUUCCACCCCGUCUGGUCACAUGAUGAGCCCCACCAAGCAGGAGGACCUCAUGAUCUCAGCCCUCUAGUGCAGGAGAGGAGGGGGAGGCUCUGAGAGCCAAUCCUGUCAACUGAAUGCUGGGAUAACACUUGGAGGAGCUGGUCGUUGGGCAGUUCAGGAUCAGGGGAGACACCUGGAAACAUUCCUUUGGGGUGCUAGGCCAGUGGCACUCUGCUGUCAGAAGGAUGGAGUCCGCGCCUUGGUCAUGCGUUUAUGUUUGGGAGAAGAUGCGCUGCCUGGCAAAGCCUGCUACACUAAGAGGGUCUCAUUCACUGAAGUUAGAUGUUUGGUUUCCCUACCUCAGUCCAUCUGAUUAAAUCAGGGGGGGGUACCUGCUGAGGUAUGGGAGUCGGAUUUCCUGUUCCAGGGAGUCUGCUGAAGUUAGGGGAUGGAUUCGCUGGGGAGCUAGUGGAUCAGAAACAAGGGGGUUGGAUCACUUUGCUGUUACCAUUUCGGUGGUUCCAGCAGUGAAUGGAUUGUGACUUUGGGCCCUAUUGCACUAACACAUCAUGUCAGACCCAAACACCAAUUCAUUGCCCUUUCAUGGUGUUUAUCUUUGAUAAGACCCUCUCUCCUGUUUUAAAGCCAUUGGGGCUGUUAUUCCAGGGGAAUGCAGCCACCCCUUCCCUGACUGGGUGCAGCGAGACUCGGUCUGGCACUGUGUGUUUUCGCUCCCCUGAUUACCUCUGUGUUCAGUGACUACUCGGCUUCUUCUGAGAAGAAAGAAAACCUGUGGUAUUAGAGAGCAUCAGGCCUCUGCUGCAUUCCCUCUUUUACCAGCAGGAGGCCCCUCCAUCACCUCUUCACAGCUCCCCAAACCAUUCUGAACUGGCAACAUCCCCAUCACAAGACUCACAGGAUCUCAUCUCAGUAGUGCACGGAUGGGUCAGGUUAAUCCAGCUUUCAGUAUUUCAGAGGCUUCCAGAACCCAGCAUUAUUCACCGGGUCCCUGUGGUGCCUGGGAGCCUUUUCAGUCCUCAGACAACCGGUAUGGUCAUCAUAGGUCAGUGCCGGUCUCUGCCAUUGGUGUUCAGGGAAAAGAUGAACCUUAACUAAGUGUUGAAAUCUCAUGUAUGUUUACAGAGCUGCUAAAGCUAUUUGGAAGGUAUUUAUUGACCAAACAGGGAAGCUCUCGCUGAGCAAGAAAAACGUUUGCACUCCCUUUCCGGGACCAUUCCCUCUAUUUGAGGGUUGGGGGGAGAGUGAGGUGGGCAGAAAGUGCUGUUUUAAAACCCCCUGUUUUAAAGAGGAAACAGGGUGAUAGGAGAAACCUUUUGAUCUAAGCCCAUGGGGAAACUGCAUGCAUCCUUCAUCCUGGCUUCCCACAAGGGUUCAUCAGCUUCACCCUACUGCACGAUAACUCAUUAAAAAGCCCCGAUACGUCAUUAAUAAAACUGUGUCUAAGCAACCAGUCCUGCUGUGCAGAACUCCAGAACCCAGGGUAGCCUGGUGGCUCUGUUUAAUGGCAGGAAUUUGUUGAUGAUGGAAGUGGGAGAGAAGCUUUCUUCUUAGAAAGUUAAAAUCUACUAUGGUCUACAAGAGUCUUUUAACUUACAAAAUACCUUCAUAUCCAAACUCAGCAGAAUCAGUCUAUUGUCUAGGGCUUUGCCCUUUUUUUUAAAACCAGAAACAGACUUCUGUUUGAUGCCGCUAUAAAAUGCCCCCAUAUUACAGACUCUUAGCUGUGGAAUUCCUACACUGUGAGGAGAAAUCCACGUUUCCCAGAAUGUCAUCCCCAUUGAAGAAAAGAAGAGUAGGGGCCAGGGCCCUGUGUGCUGGGUGCUGUACAAACAGAGAACAAAGAGAUGGUGUAAAAUGCUAUCAAAUCAGAACACCAGCUUUUUUUACACCUGCUCUUCUUUAAUGUAAGAUUUCAGAAGGUGUAUGGUAAUGCUGAAUUGUGUAUGUCCCAGAGGCUUGUGUCUAGUCUUACAACUUUGUAUAGGAUGAAUUCCCCUUUCUCUACUGUGAAGUACUUAGCUUUUGGAAAUGCAGGAGUUUUAACUUAUUAACACUAAACAUUUUUAACUGGCCCAGUAGUUGAGACCAAAAUGUGACCUUAAAAUUAUUAGGGUCAGGGGGAAGAAUGUCCUCUAGAUUCAAAGCAACUUUCUUUUUUAAUAGUUUAUUUCUUGCUGAGCAACAAAAAGUUGCUUUCUUUAUAUAGGCUGUCCAAAAAAGAGCAGUGCGUUGUGUUCCCUUUGCUGACUCUGAGGCAGCUGUUAGCCAGCAUUAUGCUGACAGCAUGAAUGAUUCUGGAACCCAGACAAGAUCGGUUGUGUUAAUAUCAUCCUCCAUUGCAAACACAGAGUGAGAAUGAAUGGGUAGAGAUAAAUGAGUAAGAGAUUUAAUAUCAGGAGGGCAUUACAAUAAAGUGUAGUGUUAGAAUAGAGACGGGUGUGUGCAAGAUUUAGGGAUAUGGGAAAGUAGCAAGCUAAGCUCACUCCUACAGACUGACUACUUAUGGGCCUGUAUUGUGGGAAGGGCCUGAUACACUGCUGGAGCAGUGUGCUAGCUUGAAAAGAAAGAAAGUCCAUUCCUGUCUUGCUCAGACAGUGGUGGGCAGGCAGUGAUAACACUUAGCACUUAUCUAGCGCUUUAUAUUUUCAAAGCACUUUACAAACAUCAGUGAAGGAAUUGCCUCAGUCCCUGCUGGCUAGAUCAGUGUUAGGAUACAGGGCUGUUGCUUGUCUCAAUCUAUCUGCUGUUGUUAGGGGGAGCCUGUGCCCUAGAUGGGGAGAUUACAUGAAAUUAGGAGCCAGAUCUCAUAAAUUAGGGGUUUGGAUUGCCGCUCUGGGCCUUGUCGAACAUUAUACUUAGGACAUGUUAACUGUGCUUAAACCAUGAUCCACCUCAUGUUAAAGCAGUAAAACUUGCCAAGUGCAUUCAUAUUGUAGGAAAGUUAGGACUUUUUGUAGAAGUAUCUCCAGGUCGUAUUAAGUAGCAUGUCAUCCUGCUGAUUGGGUCCCAGCCCUGGGACCACACCAGAUUCUCCAACCAGUUCUGGUGUAGUCCUGGGGCUGAGACCAACAAUCAGCUGAUUGUUGGUCCCAACUCUGGGACUGCACUGGAAUCUCAAACUGAUUCUGGUCCUGAGGCACUGGCAGGAUCCAGUGCCGGGGUGAUGCCCUCCCCUGGGCUUGAUUUUUCUAUGCUGUCCUCCACUUCCUGCCAGCGGCAGAGGCAGUUCAUGAGAGCUCCCUAUAAAGCAUGCGGGCUGCAGAGUGUAGUAAGCGUUACCACGUGACAGCUCAGAACACGUUUUAAUGUUUAGUAUGGCACAGUAAUGCUCACUACGAUCUAAAUAAAACGCAUGCUAAGUGUCCAUGUGACAAGGUCAUCUGUCAGUGAAAGUUUUGUUAUUGUGUUAUGAUUUCCAUAGUGACCUGAUUUUUGGCUAAGAGGUCACAGCAUUGCACUAGGGAAUUGACUCUGUUGGGGCACUGAUCCAUGGUUUCCUGUGGUGAGUGUGUGGGUGUGUAUUUGACCGUCUCCAUUGUCAGAGCCAUUAGAGCUGUAUCUGAAAGGGAGACAAAUACAGUUUUGCUUCCCAUUUUGUGCUUCGUGACUGCUGGGCUUCUUCUGAGUUGCAUAGGAAUAGGCAAUAUCUGAUGAUCCAGGGUUGCCACUGACCACUGGAGAAGGGGAAAAGAGGUAUGAAAGAGGCCAGUUAGUAAAGCUGCAUACUACAGCAGGAGUAGCUAUUUUCUUCUGUCCCCUCUUGAGAAACCAGGAUUAUUUGCAGUCAUUGGCCCUCCCAAAGUAAUCCCACACUCUCUGAAUGAACGAUACCUAUGCACAGCUUAAAUGUUUCCUUAUCUUCACCCCCAUCAUCUUAUGCUUUAUAGGAAGCACUUGCAAAACCUAGCCUCUCUUUGCACCUUAAAAGAAUGUAUCUAAUUAGUCAGUUUUAGAAUGUAAUGCCAAGCCCUUGGCUACCUCCUCCACAUGUAUGUCACGCUGCAGUUUCCUUUCUCUGCCCCCUUUUUCCACCCCAAUGUGCAGUUGUCUCUGAAACGUGUCGCUUUUUCAGGUUCCUUAAUUGCUUGGCUGCUGGUUCUUAUCCUUCAACUCCUGUGCAGCACUCUUGUGCCUUUCAACAUUUGGAAAUUCCAGUGAAAUCUCAGUGGGGUGUCACACUGUGAGUAGGGCAGUACAGGAGGUGCAAUCUGAUGUACCUGACUCACUGGACAGCGGCUAAGCAGUUCAUAGUGCCAAUCAGUUCAUUGCCACACCCAUGCCUUUCAUCCCAGAUGGGGCAAUUGGUACUGCAGUGUCCUUCUGAUGAAGGAUUUGAGUGGAGGGCACCUAGAUACUGGAGCUCAGAGACUGGGUUCCGUGCUCCUUAAAAUAGAAUAUGCGAAAUUCUGUACAUCAACACAGAUUUGCCAAAGAGUCCCACAAAGCAGUGCCCUUGGUUUGACACCUUCUAGUUAGCUGAAUUAUAAUGAGACGUCACACACUACAUUUUAUCUUCAAACCCUCAGCAAACUAAUGGAAUGCAACCUCUGGAACAACUGAGAACAAUGCAGGAAGCUUUAAGCUGUUGUAGAAACACAGCUUUAACUCAGUUCUUUUGAGUCAGAGAGGAGGUCUGGCUCUGCCUUAGAAAACACUGGCAGAGAGGUCUUGUUCUUACUUUUGCAUAUGCACACAAAUGUUAGACUGUGCUGGAGGCGUGAUCCCAAACCCAUUGCACUCAGUGGAAAGACUCUUUAUAGUAAUGCAUUUAGAUCUAGCCCUUAAAGCAGCUUGUCUUUUUAGCAUGUGAUAGCUUUUUUUAACAUGAUAGCUUUUUGGUUUUUGGCAGGUACUCUCUGUGUCCCAGUUGCAGAUCAGUUCCCUCCUGUGUUAUGUACUAUACAAACGUAGAGCCAAAUGACAGUCCCUACCCCAAGGUUUUACAUCUCCCCUCCUUCUCUGGGGUGCUACACUGUCAGUUUGGGACCAUCUCUUUCUCUUGCCACUCUUUGCUUCCCUUUUCUUUCUUGGUUCUCCAGAAGCUUAAGUUACCUCAUCAUGAGGUGCCAGUGCCCCAAUCCACAUUCUUGGGCCAUCCCAUAUGCCUGGUGCUGACUCCAUCCCACCCAUCUGACCUCUGUCUGGGAUUCCUAACUCCUACACCUCUUGCCCACCCUCUCCCCUUGUUAGAUUCCCAUCCUGAAAAGUCUUGCUUUCAAUGCCCAGAACUUUGCAAUAUUGGCUCUGAGUAUUUGACAUUUAAGCCAUUGCUUCUGCCUCUUCCUGAUUUGGACCCUGUUUAAAUUCACAACUCCUUUUUCUUUCUCUUGUAACUUUAUUUGGAAGAGAAUGGUAGUUAUAUCAGAUAUGAUGUUCUCCCCACAUGAUGAUUUAAAUUGCAAAAACAUGCCUGAGGGUAGAAAUACAAAUGAUGAUGUGUUCCACAGGCUUCCAUUUCUAAGCCCAUCAGCUAUUAGUAGCAUUAAUUUGUAUUAUAAUAGCAUCUAAGGUCCCAAUCUGCAAUUAGACAUUAAAUACAAAUAUUUACUUAAUCCAGAAAGAACAGAGGAGUGUGCAUUGUAACCAAUAACCAAAGGAGCAUGAGAGAGAAGGGAAACCACUAAACAUGACAAAAUGGAUAUGAAAUAGAUGCUGCUGUGGGUUUUUUUCCCAGAAGCAACCUGGCUUAUUUCCUUCCUUCAAUCAGUACCUCCUUCAAAGGAAAAUAUACACAAGAACAAAGAAAUUACCUUGCCAGACCAGUGCUCCAUCUAGCCUAGUGCCCCAUCUCUGACACUGGGAGUGGGCACUGGAUGGCUGCAACUGCUUCAGAGGAGUGUGCAAGAAACACUAGAGCAGGCAUUUACUGACAUAUUGGGAAGUUACUUGCUUAUCCCCUCCUCUCAGGUCUGACUCGUCCUGAAACAUAGAGCUCUUUUUCUUAUUGCUCCUUUUGGACUUUUUUCUGUCAUCUAACAGAACUCCAAAUGUUCUCAUUCAAGUAAAUGCCCAUUCUUCUUUUGAAUUCUGUGAAGUUCUUGGACCCUGUCAUACCUUGUAGCAAGAAGUUCUGCAGGCUAAAUUAAUGUUGUAUAAAAAAAGGAUUUUAUUUAUAUCCUUCUAAAUUUGUUCACUCUGACGGUGUUAAUGAACAUCUUAUACUUGUUACAAGGGACGAACAGGAAUGCCUUCUCCCAACUUUUAACAGUUCGGUAUGUCAUGUCCCCUUCUGAUUUGCCUUAUGUUUAAACUGAAGCAGCCUGAUUUAUUGAAAUCUAUCAGUAUGGAAGUGUCUUCAUGCCUCUGGUCAUUCCUGCCACAUCAUUAAUUUCUUACUCUAUCCUGGGAGUUAGGGUAACUAUGAAUGCAUGCCGGAUUCCUGGAAAGCAUCCCAUUGACUUAUAAAAUGUUAUUCCAUAAUGUCAGUACCUUUCCCUGUCCCAUUCUUUAUGCAGUCUACUGUUUUGUGUGCUGUUCUUACUGCCAGUGGGCACUGAGCAGGGGUCUUCAUUGAAUAACCCACAAUAAUACCAGUGUCCCUCCUGAAUUUUACAUCUUAAUUCAGAGCCCAGUAAGGUGUAUGAGAGGUUCAGAAUAUUCCUUGUAAUGCAUAUUAGUUUGCAGUAAUCCAAGCUAAUUUCAAGAUAAUCGAAAACUGUUACUUUGCUGCAUGUGAUACAAGAUGUUAGUCCUUUCCAGUCAUUCUUGGUUAAAUCCACUUUAAAUUGCUUUCCAGGCUUCCCUAGUUUAGAUUGACCAAAAAAUAUUUUUUUUGUCACCUGCCUACAUUGCCCCCAGUUGCUUGCCCUCCUUUCUAGAUCACUAAUGCAUGCUUCACACCCUUCCAUUAACAAAACAGAAGUAACAAAAUGCACGCUGCCUAUGCAAAAUGUACCUGAUUUCCUCUGCAGGUUUUACGUGUAACACAAACAAGUACAGAAACCUGAUGUAGCUCUGAGGGUUGGCCUGAAAUAAGAGUACCCUGUGAUAUUUCCACACCCUCAGCACAUAUAUCAUACAUAUAAGCACCUUGUGUACUUUGACUACUACCUACUAUAGCUAAAUCCUGACCUUGCUGCUGCAUGGUAGGGCAGCCCAGCAAGCUUGGGUUCAUCUCCUUGGUCAGCACUGCUUUUUCAGCAGAUGACUCUUGCCUUUCAAACUCAACUUCUGUAAGUUUUGAGAGUAGAGAGACAGUGACCCCCACUUCUCAGUGAUAGUGGAAAUAAAUAACUGUUUUCUAUAAGCUCCUUUUCUAUAAGGCCUUAACAACAAGAGUUACAAGAGCAAAGUU